AUGCUAAGAAUUGCAGAAUUUGAGCGGCGGGCGGGGCCGGGGGGAGGGCCGGGGAGCGGCCUGGCUCGGCUACCCGGGCUCCCGCCCUCCGCCGCUGCCCACGGGGCCGCGCUGCUUAGCCACUGGGACCCCACGCUCAGCUCUGACUGGGACGGCGAGCGAACCGCUCCGCAGUGUCUCCUCCGGAUCAAGCGGGAUAUCAUGUCCAUUUAUAAGGAGCCUCCUCCAGGAAUGUUCCUUGUACCAGAUACUGUUGACAUGACUAAGAUUCAUGCUUUGAUCACAGGCCCAUUUGACACUCCUUAUGAAGGGGGUUUCUUCCUGUUCGUGUUUCGGUAUCCGCCCGACUAUCCCAUCCACCCACCUCGGGUCAAACUGAUGACAACGGGCAAUAACACAGUGAGGUUUAACUCCAACUUCUACCGCAAUGGGAAAGUCUGCUUGAGUAUUCUAGGUACGUGGACUGGCCCUGCCUGGAGCCCAGCACAGAGCAUCUCUUCUGUGCUCAUUUCCAUACAGUCCCUGAUGACAGAGAAUCCCUACCACAAUGAACCUGGCUUUGAACAGGAAAGACAUCCAGGAGACAGCAAAAACUAUAAUGAAUGUAUACGACAUGAGACCAUCAGAGUUGCUGUCUGUGACAUGAUGGAAGGAAAGUGUCCCUGCCCUGAACCCCUAAGAGGGGUGAUGGAGAAGUCCUUCCUGGAGUAUUAUGACUUCUAUGAGGUGGCCUGCAAAGAUCGCUUACAUCUUCAAGGCCAGACUAUGCAGGACCCUUUUGGAGAGAAGCAAGGCCAUUUUGACUACCAGUCCCUGUUGAUGCGCCUGGGGUUAAUUCGGCAGAAAGUGCUGGAGAGGCUCCAUAAUGAGAAUGCUGAAAUGGACUCUGAUAGCAGCUCAUCUAGAACAGAGACUGACCUGCACGGGAGCCUGCGGGUUUAGACCCUGCUCCUUUGCCCCUCCCCCCACACAAGAGUCCCUUCCCCCACCCCAAGGAUGGAGAGGCGCUGUGUAUCUCUCUCCAGAUGUGACAGCAUCCUGCAAGAUGGCCAGAAGCAAGCAAGCUUGUUUCCUGGGGUGUGGGAGUGGGGCUCUUCCCAGUCUGACCUUGGCGCUUAAGUAUCCCGGAUGAAGGGGCCAAGGUUCCUUUGCAGGAGCACCUGGUGCAAGAUGCCUCUGGCAAAGCUAAACAACCAACACACCUCUGCAGGGCCAGCCCUUAGGGAUAGGAGAAGACACCGUGUUCCAAGAGGGGCGUGCUGAGGUGGUUUAGGGGUACCUGGGAGCUUGG